ACUGAUUCUCCUAUUGUCGUUAGUAAACCAAAAGUUGUCUUGCGAUCUAUUGGUACCCAGACUUCUCCAAUUAGUGUCAGAAAUAUGGGGUAUCAAGUUAAUAUGCGACCUCGACACAGAAGUCAAUGUGUACAAGUAACGCCAGAUACAACAAACAUUCACUGUCAAAGACGUCUUGACGACCAAGGCGACUGGGACAAAGACGACGAUGUUGAUGACGAUGAAAAUGUUGAUGAUGAUGAAACUGAUGAAGAUAAUUACGAGUUUGAUGAUGAUUGUGACGACGAUAACAUUGUCCCCCAACUUAAUAGUACCACUAUUGAAAAAAUGAGAGACCUGACUCCAGAAUUCUUCGCCAACAUGCUGGGAUUAUCUUUAAUAACAAGCAGCAACAAGAGUUGUAUACACAACGUAGACGAUGAGACAAAUGAAGAAGAAUUGCACGAUGUAUCAUUCAACGAUUCGUGGUUGAAAAAGUCAGAAGAGCGCUGUUACAAGACUGAUCCUAUGUACGAGCCGGACGUUGAAGAAGAUUACGAAAAGAUUAAUUUAGUAAUUCCCGUGCAAAAGAAAGAGCGAAUUUUCUUGGUGUUUGAAUCCUGCCUAAAGUCACUUUUUAAGUACUGUCCAAAAUGCGGCGUAAUACUGAUUCGCAAAAGUAUUAAACUUAAAAUUUCUGGACAGCAGCACUUAUUACCGUCUACGAGGCAGUUAGAACUUGCCCUUGAUGGACAGUGUGACACUCCUGGACACAACGCAACAUACUCAACAGUAUCUGCAAUGGAUGUCAACACAAACAAAAUUAUUGAAUUCAACAUUGUUCAUGUUCGCAAGGUCAAAAACUCUCAAAAUAUGGAAAAGGAAGGAUUUAUUCGUUGCCCUGAAAACAUUCAGAAAAAACAUAAACUUCAAAGAGAAGUGGUUGCUACUGAUAGAAACGGUCAAAUUCGAAAAUUGAUGAGGACCGAUCCUUGCUUUAAUCACAUCUUUCACCAAUUUGAUCCAUGGAACAUUGCUAAAGGAUUUGUGAAAAAACUGACUAAAGCUUCAAAGAAAAAGGGGUUCCAUCUGCUGGUAGAAUGGGCCCCUGCGACAGUAAAUCAUUUAUACUGGUCUGUUUUAACGUGUAAUGGUGAUCCGAAUGACUUACGAGAGCGUUUUUGUUCCAUUAUGCAUCAUGUUGUAAACCGCCAUUCCAAUUUCGUUGAAAAUAAAAAUUACCUAAAAUGUGAACUCAACGACACUGACAUUCGACGCAAGAAGUGGUUAAAGAAAGGAACGCAAGUUUAUGAGAAGUUCAAAUCUAUUGUUCUUCAAAGACAAGUUGUCGCUGAUUUUUUCCACAUGACCCGAUUGGUCUAUACCACAUUGUUGGAAGUAUUUCAUAGUGUCAAAAUCCGCUAUCUCCCCAAAUCCAUUUUUUUCAAUAUGGAAAAAAUGAUUGCGGGUACUCAGUUAGCCAUUUUGGAUCAUAACUUAAAUGUGGAUAGAGAACAGGAGACAUCUAAAAAAGCUGAAAAAGAGGGCAAUGUGAAACCAAUUUUUCGCAUUGCCUAUAGCAAACCAACAAAACGUUUUGUCGCCAAAAAGGAGAAAGUCGCAAAAGAAUAUAAUUACCUUGUUGACAUACUCGGUAAUAUAAUCACACGAGUUGAAGAAAAUAGAAAGGUAACCACGGAAAAGCGCAGCAAACGUAAGCUCAGUUUGACUGUAGCACCAUCAGAGAGAGAAGACCGUGAAGUUAUCAUUGAGCAAUCAACUAAGUAUAGCAGAUUAAAACUGUAG